UUGCCCAAGAGAUUGAUUACAUGACUAGCAAGCCACACCCUAUCUUCAAGCUAUCAGUUUGGUUGCACCCCAUCACGUGAUAGGUGUGGUGUUGUUGGGUUUCCUGUGGAUAAGGCACUUUCCAGUCACGAAGACAAAUGCAUCAUGGCGUCUGUCUUAACUUUAUCCUUCAUAUUUGUAGUACUUAGUGCUAUUUGUCUUACCAGUACUCAAGCUAAGCGCUUCAAGGCAGACAUACCAGAUGAAAAGUGGAACUACGUUAAAGUCAGGGACAAUGCAUUUAUGUUUUGGUGGCUCUACGGUGCUGAAGGCGAUCCAUCACAACGAGCAACUAAACCCUUAAUCAUGUGGCUUCAGGGAGGUCCUGGUGGGUCUUCUACAGGCUAUGGAAACUUUGAAGAACUAGGCCCACUAGAUGUAAACUUAAAACCAAGGAACACUAGUUGGACUAGUGUAGCUAACGUUCUCUUCGUUGAUAAUCCUGUGGGUAGUGGCUUCAGUUACGUGACCGACAAAAGUGCUUACACCACAAACGUUUCAGGUAUAGCAGAUGAUCUGUUGACCAUGUUCAAGUCUUUCCUCGAUACAAUGCCUGUGUUUCAAAAUGUACCAUUUUAUAUCUUCUGUGAGUCAUACGGUGGAAAAAUGACUUCUGCUUUUGGUGUCACUUUGUACAAAGCUAUUAUUGCAAGAGAAAUUAAGUGUGAUUUUAAAGGAGUAGCUCUUGGAGAUUCCUGGAUUUCCCCCAUUGACUCAGUUCUUACUUGGGGUCCUUAUUUGUACUCUGUUUCCUUACUGGAUGAGGAUAGUCUUGCAAAAGUGAAUGCAUUGGCAAAUGCCACUGCAAAAGCAGUGGCAAUGAAGCAAUACCAAGAAGCAACAAAUUUGUGGAGUCAGACCGAAGGCAUGAUAGCAAAAACCACUGAUAAUGUAGAUGUCUAUAACAUUCUCCUUCAUAAUGCUCCUCCAUUUGCCAUGAUGCUCCAGUCUCUUGGUGAUAGAAACCUUGAUAGAUUAUAUGCUACGCACGUCGGCAGACUUUAUACAGAGUCUCUAUCAGACCUAAUGAAUGGGCCAAUCAGAAAGAAGCUUGGUAUAAUACCACCUAAYGUCACCUGGGGGGGCCAAUCUGGUGAGGUCUUCAUUUAUCAAAGUAUUGACUUUAUGAAGCCAGUUAUCCAAGAUGUUGCUUUGCUACUUUCUGGUGGGUUACAGGUUGUAAUUUACCAAGGACAGUUGGAUAUGAUUUGUGACACACCCGGAGCUGAAGAGUGGAUCAAGAAACUGGAUUGGUCAUUUUUACCAGAGUUUCUAAAAUCUCCUAGAGUACCACUGUACCCUCCUUCUGGUGUCAAAACAAAAAACACUGGUGCUUUUCUAAAGAAAUAUGCUAAUUUAGAGCUGUAUUACAUUCUUAAGGCUGGUCAUAUGGUUCCUGCUGAUGCUGGAGAAAUGGCUUUGGAAAUGGUAAAACGAGUGAUAGCUGAAUAAAUAAAUAUGACUGACAUUCGGCCUUAGAAAAUAACCACUGGAAGCUGAUGAUAAUGACAAACGAUAGUGGCUAUAUAAUAUUUUGCAAUCAAAUAUUGAUAUAUUUAUUUCAAUGAAGUUAGUCAACAAAAACCUAGAAAGCUGAGAUCACUGAGGAUCAUGGGAAACAAUUCAUUUCAAACAAGUAAAGCUUUUUUGAUACAAACUGUACUGAGCUUGAGGAUGCUCAGGAGAGGUGAGACUGUUACUGGUAAAAGAUGUGCAAGCCCAUCAACAGUUAUCAAGCGGUUGAAACAUGUAAAAUGUAUCUUCCCAUAAUCCUUGUCGGCCUCAGCUUUAUAGCUUUUCAGGUGACUAACUUUAUUGAAAUAAGUAUAUAAAAGCCUUAGAUAAGGAAACCGUAAUAAAAUGGGAAAACAUAGACUAAAUAAAUAGCAAUAGAAAUUUAGUUUUUCUUUUUGUUUACUGCAUUCCUUUUGUACAUAUUGCAUAAUAUGCUUCUGCUAUAGUUUUGUCUCACAAUUACAGGGUAGUUUGAACAA